AUGGCCACCGCCGCCGCUUCGCCGCCGCCGACCGCCACCGAGGACAACGUCCGCCUCCUUCUCCCUGGAUUUCUCUCCCCCGAGACCUGCAAGGAGCUGGAGUUCGUGCACCGGAGCUGCGGGACGGCGGGGUACCGGCCUUCGGUGGUGUCUACAUCGCUGCCGCAUCUGGCUGCCACCGGCUGCGGCCACCUACUCCUCCCCUUCGUGCCCAUCCGCGAGCGACUUCGCGACGCCGUCGAGUCCUUCUUCUCCUGCCACUUCGACCUCUUCGUCGAGUUCACCGGACUAGUCAGUUGGUGCAAGGGGGCUUCUAUUGGAUGGCACAGUGACGACAACAAACCUUAUCUUAGGCAAAGAGCCUUCACGGCUGUGUGCUACUUGAACAAUCAUGGAAAGGACUUUAAGGGUGGACUGUUGAAGUUUCAGGAUGGUGAACCCUCCUCUGUUAUUCCAGUUGCUGGUGAUGCUGUCAUCUACACUGCUGAUAAUCGUAAUGUCCAUUGUGUAGAUGAGGUAACUGAGGGUGAAAGGCUGACACUUACUCUUUGGUUCACUAGAGAUAGUUCUUUUGAUGAGGAUCCAAAGCUCCUUAGUUUUCUAUCCCAGACAUCACUGAGCUAUGAGCCAGCUGAUCAGAACUCUUACAUUCCUUUGCCAGCCUCAGAUAACAUGUACUGGUUUUCCUACGAUCAGUCUGGCUUUGACAUACGAUGUGCUAGAAUACACAUUCUUGGGUUUAGUUUUCGUGCAAGCAGCGAUGAAGACAGCAAGAGUACAUGUGCUGCACCAGCUGAUGACCCCAUAGAGUUGCUUGGGAAGCCACUGCGAAUUGGGAGGGCAGAUGAUGUCUUUGGGAAGAUAUUUGCCAACAGCUUGCACGCUCUUCAGGUGGUGCAAUUUUACUACUGGAAAGCACCUGAGCUGGCAGCAAGGAGAAACCAGACUACUGGUGGUUCAGAAACAGUUUGCUACCCUACUAUACAAGUACAGCAAUCAAGUGGAACGGAACUUCCAUUACCGUGUAACCAUGGACUUGCACAAACCAUAUUUGGAUCAUAUAGCAGUGUGGAUUCUGUUAUUGAAUGGGAUGAUGUUGUGUUAGCACUUGAUAUGUGGGAGAAUUAUUCAGAAGAAUUGAGGAGAAAGUUGUCGAUAUUCUUGCCAAAUUGGCUGUCCAACGGAACCAUUUUUGUUGUAGAUCCCUCCGAGCCCACCCAGGUAGCAUUACGUCUGAUGUGGCCGUGGAGAGUUUUGGAUUUAACUGUUGCUCAUUGGGGUAAUUUCUAA